UGCUGGUGGGCUCCAGUUACAGCCCUAUAAAGGGUGCUGGGCUCCACAGACAGGAGGAGCUCUUAGCAGCUUGCAGCCAUGGGGAGAAGUGCUUUUGCCCUGGUGCUCGCCCUUGCCCUGGCAGCGUGUGUUGCCCCCGUGGAGAGGAAGUGCCUUCUCUCCGGGUCGUGGCGGAGCGACACCAGCUGCCAGAUGGUUGUGUCCACCCUGGACAAGGACAACAGAUUCUCCGGUUUUUACCUGCCAGGACCUGCUGCUGGCUACUCAGAACUCUUCACCUUACCACUGGAGGGGUCCCAGCAAGAUACAGGGCUGGUCUCACAGCCCAUUUUCUUCUUCACUGUGAGCUGGAGGCUCCAAGACUCUGAGAUUGCCCGGACAAGUGUCUUCCUGGGCCAGUGCUAUGUGGACACCAAGGGAGAGGAGACCCUGCAUGCCCUGUGGCUCCUGCGAGAGGCAGCUGACAGUCCUGCAGAGGACUGGAAAGCCACCCGGCCAUCCACAUAGAUCUUCCUCCGGCGACGACUAUCCUGAGCUGCCUGCUUGUUCCGAAUCUUACGACGCACUUUCCUCAGAACUCGCUCCUCAGCCUGCAAGGAUCAUCUCGUUAACAGCAAUCCCAGGGUGUUGGCAAUCCUCCCCUCUCAGACUGCCCUCACAUAUCAGUGCCCAGCCCUAAUGCUUGUGUUCUCUGUCCUUCCCACACCACUGAAUAAACUGCAAGGCAAACCCUGGCCUGUUGAUGCA